AUGUUCGCCGACAUACAAAAGACUCCAACAUCAGAUGAAAAUAUUCAGCAUAGAAUGGAAGUACUGAAAGAAAAUGUACGCAAAUACAACAAUCCUUUUUACUUACGACCAUAUAACGUUCAAUCUUUGGCUGAACUCGGUGAAAAUAAAAGGUUAAAUUUCAACAAAACAUAUAGAAAUGAAACAUUGCUUAAAGUUCAUUCAGAACCUAACCAAUAUGGAAACAAACCUACUUUUGUUUCUGCAGACUAUGGAACUACAAUGAGAUGGGGUCAUAAAGCUAAUCCGGAUAGGUGGUUCAUAAACUUACAACCUCAAUUCCAAGAAGUUGUAGACGCAAUGGAAGUGAAUGGUGAACCAGAUAUAGCUGGUAUUUUCAGCGCGGCUUUAAUGCCAUUGAAAGAUAUGAAACAUGCAGAUAUUUUGGACCAGUAUGAAAUGAACAUGGCUGAUGGAAAUAUAACACCUGACGUUCUAGAACAUUUAUCUCAAAGAACUACACAGAACCAUAAAGAUGGUAUAUUUGGUGAAGAGUUUAGAAAGAAAGUUAGGGAGAGAGAAGGAAGAGAACCUAUUGUACAUGACCUUGCAAACGAAAGUUUGCAAAAUGUCAUAAAAACUUACUUUGCAGACAAUGAACCGAGAAGGGAUGAAUAUUUAAGAAAACUCAAAUGGACAGUACCAAAUGAAAUGUUAGUAUUGAAAAACAUGUUCCUUGACAAAAUAAAACCAACUACAGAAAUAAAUGACGCAAGACUGAAACAUUGGGUAAAAGCUUUCCCAUUCACAAAAGAUAUUAUUGGUAACAUGGAAAGAAAACCAGAAUGGCUACAAAAACAUAUAUUUGGAAACGAGCUUAUUCCAUAUGGACAAGCUCUGUUUGAAGAGCUUGA